AUGACGGGUUUCUCGAGAAUAUUGGGUUCUUCGUCAGACGGACCUGCAUAUGCCACCGUACCUGUAGACAAUAGCGCUGCAAUGGAAGACAAAAUCGUGGCAGAGCAACAAGGCCAGGGACAGCAUGCUUAUGCUUAUCCUCCCAACUAUCCUCAGCAACAGCAGCAUGUCGUGUCGCCGCAGCCAUCGAUAGGCCACUUUCAACCCGCGCAGGCUGUAUCACCGGAAACCAUCUCUCAAGCAACGUUUCCUCACAACGCUUCACCAUGGCUUGACCCGCAAAGCCCCAACCUUCGAGACAGCCCCGGCUUCGAUCGCGCCUUUGACAGUCAUAGGGGACUAAUGGGUCAUGACCCCGUCAAUGUAUCCUACGAGAAAGCACCCGAUGUUCACGUCGUCAAUCGGCAGACGAAUGCCAUUCAGCCGAAGGGACCGUUUUUGUAUAGGGCGAUGAAGAGCAAGUGGUCUAUGAUUGCUUGCUUGGUUAUUGGAGUUGCCGCUGCUAUCGGUCAUCAUUUCUUUUACAAUUACCUCGAUGGCCGCGAAGCAGUGAAUCAACAAUGGAUGCUUCGAGCCGGUCAACUUAUUUCCUUUAUCGCCAACGCCAACUUUAUCCUCGCGGUAGUCAUGGCCCAUCAACAAGUGGCAUGGCGAGCCGUGGGACAGAAGGGAUUUUCAAUUCAUGCAGUCGAUUCCCUAUUCGGCGCCACCCAUAACCUCGUCGAGCUUUUUAACCGCGAGGCCUGGGCAAAGUCUUGGUUUGUCAUGUUUCUUGCUCUCUACAUGUGGUUUAGCCCGGCCGUUGUUAUCCUUACCUCAGCUACGUUAUACGUCGUUCCUGGCGAAAGCGUUCAAGACACCCUGUGUCCCUCCAUCCGCACUCUAAACUUCAGCAACGAAGCAAAAGAGAGUUUCCAGACCCCCAAGAAAGCCGAUGGCGAGAUUCUGAACGGUCGCUCUCUUUCUGGCUACAACUGGACGGCCGAUGGUGGUAACCUCGCAGAUGACGCCAAGACCAAUGACAACGUCUUUGAGUACUACAACGUUCCAUCGUCUUCUCUGGACCGUAUCGCUGCUGGUGUCUUCUCAAGUAGUCAGACAACAUACAAGGCCAACAUCUCGAAGGAAAUCUGCGGAGAGGGCUGGGAUUGCUCCACUACCAUCCAUUUCGUCGCUCCUGGAUACAAGUGCGAGGAACUUGCUCGCGGCGUUGGAUCCAAGACGAAGCAGUUUGGAAAUGCAGAAGCUCCAUUCAAUCUCAGUCACCUGGUACCUGAUGGCAACUACACCUACCUCGCCAAUACCGAUCUCGGAGAAUACAUGCGACCACAAAUGGACAACCUCACUGUCGGUGGAAUCCCUUCUAAGGAAGAUGGCCCUGACUUCCCCAAGAACCUCGGCGUCUUUAGGACUGAGCCCAGCAUCUGGAUCGGCUACGCUGAAGUCCAGGACCACACAAAGGAGCAUGCAAAGGACAAGAACACUGAUGGAUGGUACGACGACUACACUCCGGUCAUCUUUGCCUGUGAUCACUGGGAAGUGAACUAUACUGUGACAUUCAACUACACUGCAGGAUUCCAAAAGUACGACAUUACUGAAAGGGACUACAAGAAAAAGAUCAUCGACACAGAGUGGAGCAGCUGGACCAAUGAGUCCACGGAUGGAACAGCCGAUGGAAACGUCGCUGAGCCAGAGAAGAACUAUGUCAGCCCUCGCCAAGACUACGCAAGGUAUCGUCGAAUUGCUGCAUUUCACAGUUUGGGACUACGCCUCCGGGAAAUGCUCUUCGGUAACGUCAAGGUUCAAGGUACCGUGCUAGCAGACGGCGCAAUUACUACAACAAAUCUUCUCGACCGACACGAGAGUCUUGCAAUCCACGACUUCCAGCGAGAAGUGAGCCGCACCUAUGAAGAUCUCAUUAUCUCGCUACUCUCCGACCCCCAGUUUCUCGCUGUCGCUUGGGCAGCUGACCCCUCCAAACUAUCCGGCACUGGCGUCGGCGGCGAAGAAACCAACUACGCAUGUGAGCGACGCCGCAAGGCCAACUUUUUCGACUAUGGAUGGUCUAUUCUCGUGGCUGUCUAUGCCGUGUCGUUUGUCAUUGCAUCAAUUGGUGUUUACUACGGUAUACAGGCGAUGACCAGUGAUGGUACAGAUGCACAGCGUGUCAUGACGUUCUCUGCUAUUGCUGGCGCAACCAAGAAGGUCACUGUGGAUGAAGCUGAGAGAAAGGCAACCAAGAUCAGGUGUUUCCCUACUGAGGAACGACCAGGAGAGUACGAGUUUAGGGCUGAGUUGCAAGGAUGA